CUCGUUCACUCCACGGGCAUGUGGCUUUUUUAGUUGUUCAGUUUACUUGUGGUUUUAUUUUCCGUCGGAAGAUCCGCAGUUGCCGAGGUGGAGGACGGCCACGUCGCCCGGAAGGAGUGAAUUGGACUAGUCUAUGACCACCGCCCAGUCAGCCCACGGCUCUCUAUGACUCCGCAGUCCAGACCCAGCACCCAUGUGCAGCCUAGGGUUUAAAACUCGCAACAGCCCUUCUCAGAAGACGUCCCUGCGAUGGGGCGAUUGUUGUAAACCCUUCUAGCUUCUUCACUUGUUACUCCGUACCUACUGACCGUUGUUACUUCAAAGACUAUUUUCGAAAUUUGUUAUAAAUAAUGAAUUCUAUAUUUUUCUGGGGAGAAAAGAAGACUUUAUAUCAGAUAUAAUAUAUUUUAGUGAAAGUGUAUUUGGUUAAAAGUUGAAAUAUUUAUUUUUAUGCUAAAUCAAGUCCGAUACAUAUCUUUCGACUGAGAAAGGAAGUUUUUCUGAAAAGCCAAAGGACAAACAAUCCAACAAGAUGAUAAACGUAUCAGGAGUAAUCUCCAUUGUGCUGUUCUACCUUCUCAUCCUUGGAGUCGGCAUCUGGGCAGCUCGCAAGAAGCAAGCUGGCAAUGACUCGGAGGAGGAGGUUAUGCUGGCUGGCCGCAGCAUCGGACUGUUUGUUGGGAUAUUUACCAUGACAGCUACUUGGGUGGGAGGUGGAUACAUCAAUGGUACCGCAGAAGCCAUCUACACACAGGGGUUGGUCUGGUGCCAGGCUCCCUUUGGAUACGCCCUCAGUCUUGUCUUUGGAGGCAUAUUCUUUGCCAACGAGAUGAGGCGACAGGGCUACGUGACCAUGCUGGACCCGCUACAGGACACCUUCGGCUCUCGCAUGGGAGGACUGUUGUUCCUUCCAGCUUUGUGUGGAGAAGUCUUCUGGGCAGCUGGCAUUCUGGCAGCUCUGGGUGCCACUCUGAGUGUAAUCAUAGACAUGGACCACAGGACAAGUGUUGUCUUCAGCUCCUGCAUUGCUGUGUUCUACACUCUGUUUGGAGGCUUGUACAGCGUCGCAUACACAGACGUCAUCCAGCUCUUCUGUAUAUUCAUUGGGCUGUGGAUGUGUGUUCCAUUCGCCUGGAUGAAUGAACACGUUGCAUCACUCUCAGUAAAGGAGGACUGGAUUGGAUCUAUAGACUCAGAGAUGUACGGCUACUAUGUGGACUACGGACUUCUUCUUGUAUUUGGAGGUAUUCCUUGGCAGGUAUACUUCCAGCGAGUGUUGUCCUCAAAGUCUGCAGGCCGGGCACAGAUCUUGUCUUACGUGGCAGCGUUUGGCUGCAUCAUUAUGGCCAUUCCACCAGUUCUGAUCGGAGCUAUUGCUAGAAAUACAGCUUGGAACGAGACAGCCUAUAAGGGUCCCUACCCGCUCACUACUCAGGAGACAAGCAUGAUCCUGCCGAUGGUGCUGCAGUAUCUGACUCCAGACUUUGUCUCCUUCUUCGGCCUUGGGGCUGUGUCUGCUGCCGUCAUGUCAUCAGCUGACUCCAGUGUCCUCUCCGCCAGCUCAAUGUUUGCUCGCAACGUCUAUAAACUUAUCUUCAGACAACGAGCUUCAGAAAUGGAGAUAAUCUGGGUGAUGCGAAUAUCCAUCUUUGUUGUUGGGAUUUUGUCUACCAUCAUGGCUCUGACCAUCCCUUCAAUCUAUGGCUUAUGGUCCAUGUGCUCAGACCUGGUCUACUGCAUCCUGUUCCCCCAGUUGUUGAUGGUGGUACAUUUCAAACACCACUGUAACACCUACGGCUCACUGGCUGCGUACAUCAUGGCUUUCCUGGUGCGAAUGAGUGGUGGAGAACCUCUACUGGGUCUACCGGCCACUAUACACUACCCCGGCUACGACUACGAGAAUGAACGGCAACUCUUCCCAUUCCGCACCAUGGCUAUGCUCGCAUCUUUGAUAACAUUAGUUGGGGUGUCCGCUGGGACUAAACAUGUGUUCGAGACAGGGAUGUUGGCUCCAGGCUAUGACUGGUUCCGUUGUGUUGUCAACAUCCCAGAGGACGCCAUGCAUGUAGGAGAGCCGGCGGAGGGUGAACAGAUGUCAGUGAUGACUGGUGGGGUCGGCCGGGGCUACGGGGCCGCAACUAUGGUUGGCAAGGAUGAGAUGAAUGGGCGUAUCAACCCAGCUCUGGAGACGGAUGAUGAUGACCCAGCACUGGACCUUGCGGACAUGAAGCGACGAGGGACAGGAGGUGGAGGGGGAGGCAGUAUGGUCCCAGGACAGACAACUCUGUAAACAUCUGCCUAUGACCACCUCUGUCUCAUGGUGUACAGAUUACCAACAACUUGAAUACGCACAAGGUGUGUCCCUCAGAGUUAGCCCCAAUAUCUACUUCUUUAGUUAAUAAUACGUAAAACUGUUAUUAUUUUUCUUAUGAACUUUUAAACGUAAAUUUAAAUUCACUCAAAGAGUUCUAUCUCGGGGCCAAUUAAAAUAACCUGUUAAAAAUUACCAAACCAUUUUACACUGUUCAACUAAAUUUAUGACGAAAAUCACUAUUGUACUUGUCACAAAAUAAAAAAUGUAUUUGUUUAACUCACACACUGGGGUAAAGAGAAAGGGUGCUUCGGCUGAUGAUACCUUGGUGAAAUCAACACAACAAAUAUUAACUGCAUAAAACAAAUUUUUGUAUGUUAUGCACAUCAGAGUUUAGAGGACAGAAUAUUGACACUUUUGACCUUAUUGCAACAUUUCUUUUAAAGAAUAAUAUUUUUUUAUAUCCAAGCCAUAAAUCAUUAAAUAUAUAAUAUGAUGAAAUAUUUUUAAAUUGUGAAAAAAGCCCGGACUUUCUCUUCCUAACUUAUGAAUGAUAAAGGGGUACGUCCCAGGGGUGGGGGGCAGUAAAUGAAAUAUAGUUUUGAAUUAUCAUACUUUGCAAUGAUAGCAUACUAUCCUUUAAAAACAGCCAGAUGUGGUCAAAAUGAUUCAUGCAAUUUUUGAUUGAUGUACCUUGGAUUGUAACAGUUAAUUUAUCUAGGCAAAUUCCUCUUAGUUUAUAUCUGUUAGAGCAUAUUUUGUAUAGUCUAUAAAUUGUAUAUCCUUAAUGUAAAAAUAAUUGUGUACCAUACUGUUAAGUUACCCGCUUUUUAGUGAUUUAGUAAAUGUAUAAUACAACUGUAACUAACAAGGCACCAGUUGUGAGGAUGAAGAUUAUAGUAUGUAUAAGCUUGAGUAUAGUCUAACUUUACAUGUUAAAACUACAACAUAACUUAUUAGUGGCAAAUGUUGAUGCUCAACUCAACCAUCAAACUUUAAUCAUAAAAAUGUUUAGUAAGUUCAAACUCUAAAUAUAAUUGAAGUGGAAAACCAAGGAAAAAUUCAGUUUCCUAAAACAAUAUAAGUCCAGCAUAAUGUAAUUGUUAUUCAAGUUUUUCAGUACCCGGUACUGUAUAUCAAAAUUUUAAAUAUGACUAGUUACUGUACUAUGAAUUCCAAGCGGAGGAUUAAUAAUACAGUUCAAUGUUUCUUCUUCAGCUUACAACACUAUUUUGUAUGACUACUUUAAGUAGGUCUUGUCACAGUGAUCAACUAUGCGUCAUGAGAGUGGUGAAGAUUGAACUACCUUACAUAGCAAUAAUUGCAUUUGUUACUGUAAUAGAAGAAAUUAGGGGAGAAGUUUAUUCCCCAUGACCUGCUUGAUAUGUGUGUACAAAUUAUAAAACUAUUAGUUUUCCUCAAAUUAUGUUAGAGUAAACUAUUGAAUUAAAUAAAUGAAGAGCAUCAGUAAAACCAUGUUGCUUAACAUUGGUACUCAAACAGCAACUCAACUUAGUCCAGGCUGCUUACUUGUGUACCGUAUGGAAAUUUUGAUCAAGUGAACGAGUAAUAACUAUAUUAUGGGACAAAAAUUUAGUUUCUUGAAAUUCAUUUUUUUAAUGAAACUGCUUUCCUUGGUUCUUAAUGAUUCUUUUCCGUGCUUUUAACCAAGCAAUAUCUUAUAAAAAGUCAGAUUAUAUAAAUAUAUUAUAUAAGAUGAUUGGAAAGGUUGGUUAACUAUCUUAAAAGAUGUAUAAUUCAAUGCAUUAUAUCCAUUAAAAACAUUACCAAACGAUUAUAUUUUAUAUGAGUCAAAACUAUCUUAUUUGUGUGAUAUAGUAAAAGUUGUUAAAUUUUCUAUGAAUGUCUUUCUUGUUAUUCUAUCACAAUAUGUUUUAGAUUGAAAUUAAAAUAUAAAAUAGUAACAAAAUAUUAAGUUAACAUUGGAGUGCUGCCGAUACUUAAUUAUCAAGUCUAGAAGAUGAGACUGCCGAUCAUAUCCUUCAUAGACUAUGUAAAAUAGAGUUAAUACGCUUUUAUGUAAUGCCGGUAGUUGUAAUUAUUGUAAAUUUGUUAGAUGUUAGUCUGUACAGAAACGAAUACAUAUCAUUAUGUGCUCUAAUUAUGAAAUCUUGGUAAGAUCAUUAUCUACAUCUAAACCAGUCUCAUAAGAUCUCUGAAUGCCUUACACAUAUUGGUUGACAUUAUUUAAACCAGUGUGAUUGGCUUGAGGGAACCAAUCAUCACGAAUACAUAUCAUUAUACUUGAUCCCUAUUGGUCAAUCUGUAAAGCAAAUACUGAUAAGCAACCUAUACAUAUCGUAUGUUGGCCUAAAUGAUUUAUAGGUGUUGUUGACUUGUUCUGCCAUGUACUGUGUUGCUUCCAUACCAUAAUCUACUUGUAAACGUGUAAUCAGUAUUACAGAAGAUAUUAUAUUCAUUGUUGCCAGAGUUUUCUUUUAUCUUGCUGUUACUGUGCUUAAGAUAAUUCUAUAUGUUACUUAUUUCUUGUAAUGUUUUAAAGAGUCAAAUGUUUUUAUCCAACUUCAUAAGCCCUAAUAUAAGUGAUGGUAAAAAGUUAAUGAAAGGUUAAGGUAUGUGUCAUUUUCAAUUUAUUAGUUGAAUUAUGUUUAAAUCACCUGAGAUCAAAUGUCUAUAUAGUUGUUAUGAAUAUUUUGUACUCCGACAAUUACUUAAAUGUAAUAUUUUAUUAUAGAUUGUUAUUAGUAUAUAUGGUUAAAAAAGUAAAGUAGCGUUGAAAUGGCUUUUGUAGCUAGGGUGCAAAAUUAUCUUUACAAAACAUGUUACCAGCAAAUAUCAUAUUUUUACCAAACAUACCAGAAUAUAAGAGGAAAAAUAAAUCCCUACUAAGUUGUUGAAUUUUUUUAAGACUAUGUUUAAAAAGAUGUAUAUUUUUGGAAAUUUAUAAAAUUACUCUUCAGUUUUAAUUUAAAAUGAUCAAAUAUCCUAUAAUAUUACUGUAUACUAAAGAUGUUUGUAUAUGUUAAAGGUUAUGAUAUUAAAUAUUUUUGUUUAACGAAAUAACAAUGAGUUUUUUAUGAUUUGAGAAGUUUAUAAAAUAGUCUAAAUUAAAAUGUUUUUGUAUUUUACUUAUUUAUAAGGCUAAGUUUUAUUGGAAAGGGCUUAUUGCCUGAGAAUUAAGGAGUCAAAGGAUAGUAUAAGCAGGUGUACCUUAGAAAUAGUAGGCGUCCCAUUUCACUAAAGUAACACAAAUCUGAACAUUUGAGUUACAAGGGGCCAGUGGUCUCGGAAUAUUCAGUGUUCCCUUUGGUGUUACUUUAGUAUAUAAGAGGGUGUUUUUUUUCACAUAUAAAAAAGCCAACCCCUUUUUACUGCUUGCAUUCUUUUUUUUUGUUUUUUUUAAGUACACACAAUAUAGGAUAUCAUGAUCUGUAUGAGUUAAAAUAUCUUUCUUUUAUUUUUCAGUUUCAUUUUAUGUCAUGAGAUUUUAACUUCUUGAUCAGCAUUAAUCAGCGUAAAUACAAUGUUUUAUGAGUUAUUAGACGUAUCUUUUAUUUACUAUCCCGAGAUUUUUUUGUAGAAUCUUUGUUGGUUAUAGAUUAGGCUGUGAUUACUAAAACCUUAUUUUUUGUCAAUUGAAAUGUGUUAAGAUUUAUCUUUGGGAGAGAUAAUUUAAAUAUAUAAAUGGUUAGAGAUGGUGUUUUAACGGAAAAUAAUCGUCUAAAAUGUUAAAAAAGCUUGUUAGGUAUAUAAAUUUGAGUUAAGGUAAUCCUAGUCAAAAUACUGUAUGUUUUGAAAAUGAAUUGUUGGCAACUUUAAUAAGAUUUGAACCAAUAUACUUUAAGUUUACAUUAGUGAGGUUUCAAUCACAACAUAGUUAAAAAUGCAAAGUUGAUGUGGAAGAGAGAGCCUUGCUUCAAAUUUAGAUGACAGUUUCAGUUUAGAAAUUAAUGUAAUUCACUUAAAUUUGUUUAUGAUCAAAUAUAAAAGUCAUCUUAAACGUUUAAAAAGUAUAGUGGAGAUUAGCAAAUGAAAUGCUGGAAUUUUUAUUUUUUUAAAACCUUAUUUACUGCAGUACAUUUUUUUUACUUUUGUCUAAUGCAUUCAACUUCAAGUUCAUUAUCCACGCACACAUCAUGUCCAAGAUUAACUUGUAGUAUUUUCAUUUUUCUUGCAGUGAUGUGGAAGGUUGUUAAGUAAAAAAGUGAAUUCAGAUGUAUUUUUAAAAUCAAAUCAUAUCAAACAAAACAUAUUUUUAUAAAAAAGCUCUGAUAUAAUUUUUUGUAGGGUUAUGAAUUAGCCAUAGAAAAUAUCUUGAGUUGGUCUUUAGAUAUGAAAAGUUGAAUCCAUACACAUGUUCUACUCCUUCGAUAUCUCCCCACAUCACUGGAUACUUCAGAUAAUAAUAAAUGGUAAGGCUCCUUUUAUAACUUAAAAUUGUUCUUUAUUUUUAAAACUGUCAAUUACUACAUUUUAAAAUUAAAAUGAUACAAAAUCUGUCUCUUAAUUAAAAUACUGUAUAAGUAAAUAAAGUAUAAUAUAGUUGAAUUAACUUAGGCUUGUUGUGUUUGAGAGAUUUAGCUGUAUUAGCAGCAGGUUAGUUAGGUAGUCCAGUAAAUGAGCCUUACCUUCAGUGUUGCCACUAUAUCUAUGUCAAAGUGUUACUUACUGACUCUAGUUGUAUAUAAUGUGUUAGAUCUAGUCUUGUUAGAAGCAAGGGGUUACCUCAGAAUGCAAUAAAAUGUACUGUUCCAUGUAUGAA